UGCACCGAAUGCUUCGCUCUAGGGUUGAUUUCUGUGCGAGUACGUGGCCAUGAGGAGCGCGAGCUCGAGACGUAGGAGUGACGCAAUCCGGCGCACGGUUACAGUGACCACAGUGCACAUGACAUGUGUCCUUCUCAUCCACGCACCUGAAGCGGAAGGUACCUUUGAAGUGGGGGUGAAUGCCAUGUGCCCAUAAAAAAAGAGUUCCCUCCUUUGAAGAAUAUACUGCUUUUUCACCAGCAAGGGAAGCAAAUCCCGUCACCAUGGGAAACCAGCUGACAGAAAUGGCCCCCAGUGCGCCAUUUCUGCCAAACUUUCAGUCCCUGCAUGUGGUGGUGGUUGGCCUCGACGCUGCCGGGAAGACCUCCCUGCUGUACAGACUGAAGCUACGAGAGUUUGUUGAAACCAUCCCCACGAAGGGCUUCAACACAGAGAAGAUCAAGGUGUUGGUGGGGGGUUCACGUGCCAUAUGGUUCCAGGUGUGGGAUGUGGGUGGCCAGGAGAAGCUGCGGCCCCUGUGGAAGUCCUACACGCGUCGAACCGAUGGCAUAGUCUUCGUGGUGGACUCCUCUGAGGCCGAGCGUAUGGAGGAGGCCAAGGUGGAGCUCCACAAGAUCUCGCGCACCUCGGAGAACCAGGGCGUGCCCGUGCUCAUCCUUGCCAACAAGCAGGACUUGGCGGGGGCGAUGUCUGUUGCCGAGGUGGAGAAGGUUCUUGCCCUUCAUGAGCUUUCUGCCUCUACUCUGCAUCACGCACAGGGCUGUAGCGCGGUUGACGGUCAGGGCCUUCAGCCUGGCCUCGAGAAACUGUACGAAAUGAUUCUGAAGAGGAAGAAGACGGUGAGACAGACCCGAAAAAAAAGAUGAACCACGUGUGUCCGGAUGCGAGCCUCGUCACAAGGAGCCUCAGCCAGGGUUGAGGCCUGAACUUUCAGGUGGAUGGAGGGUCGGCAGAAACGGAUUUGCCAUUCACGUGACACACCAUCUGAGACCACGUUAUUCCAGAGCUUGUGUUUUCACUGCAGCUGCCCUUUGCGUCAAAGGAGUGUGUUAAUUGUGUCAUAAGCGUUUGCAUCUAAAGACCUCAGCCCGAGCGUCCGUGACACGUGCGCCGCUUGGUUCAUAGCUUUGGAUGACAGUGACUCUUUAGGAGCACGAAGAACAUGGAAUGCAUGCGGCGAGAGCUCUGCACGGCCCAUGAGGCAGGCUCACUUUGUCAGUUGCCACGUGGCUCCAUCAUCUGCUCACUUUCUACUGAUGAAGCUUGAUGUGCCGGGGGAGCCUUCGCCCUGAAAGCAGUCCAUUUUUACUGUCUGUGUAUAUGUUUUUUUUUUGUUAUGCAUAUUAAAAAAAAUAAUUUAUUGAAGAUUUCAACACAAACAGUGAAAAUCAUUUUUCUCCAGUAAGUGUGAUACGUGUGGACUUGUGAAGUUUGAACACUGCAGACCAAUGAAAAUGGCAUCAGGCUGUAAGAUGUAAUGGGGGACACAAUGACUUCUUGUUCUAUUUUAAUCCUCUUUGCUCCAGUCGGCGUGUAGACCUUUCACUGCUUGUCUCCGUUGGUGGCGUGACAUAGCCUUGUUCAAGGAGUUCUCCUUCACCGGAAAUGGAACAUGGACCGUUUUCGAUACUGCUUAUACUAAUAAUUUGAUACUUGUUUUCUUCUGAUGAAUUGACAUUCCCCUCAGGAAGGAGGUUACAGUGAGGAAAAAAUCCACUCAAUAAGUUGGAAUAAAGAUGAUUGAUUAUUCAUAAAAAUAAA